AUGCUGACAAAGUUCUACCAGCAUAGCCUUGCCCUGGUCUUUGCCAUAAAUGAGAUCAAUUCCAAUACCAAGAUCUUGCCCAAUGUCACUCUUGGAUUCCGCAUCUAUGACAGCUACUAUUAUGAGAAGAUGACCUAUCGUACCACUCUGGACCUGCUCUUCAAAUCACAUAGAUUAGUUCCUAACUACAUGUGCUCAGCCUCAAAAAAUCGAAUUGCUGUGAUCGGAGGACUUGGCUCUGAUACCUCAAUCUUUAUUUCGGACAUUUUAAGUCUCUACAAGAUUCCACAGUUCUCAUAUGGGUCCUUUGCUUCAGAACAGAGGGAAACAGAACACCUUCCCUUUUCGUACCAUGUGGCCACUAAAGAAACCCAUCAGUACACGGGGAUUGUCUGGUUACUCCAGCAUUUUGGAUGGACAUGGGUUGGACUAUUUGUGGUGGAUGAUGACAAUGGAGAACAUUUCAUAAACAAUCUGGAACGGUUGUUUUCCCAGCAUGAAAUCUGUCUGGCCUUCAUACAACAAAUACCACAAAAAAACCGUUUUAAUGAAAUGACUGAAAUAACCAACAUGUUUUCAAAAAUUUAUCAAUUUCUCAAAUUGAGCAAAGCCAGUAUAUGUGUUAUCUAUGGAGAUAAUCGGACCAUGACAUUAUUGAUCACCAUAGUAUGUUCAUUAAAUGAUGACUAUAAGGAACUAAAAUCUAUUGGAAAGGUGUGGAUUACAACAAGCCAGAUUGAUUUUGCUGUAUCACGACUUGAGAGAGGUUUAGAUCUAACUGUUUUCCAUGGUUCCAUUUCCUUGACAAUUCACACGCAGGAGCUUCUAGAUUUUGAGAAAUUUCUCCAUGUCAUAAAACCUUACAGUACCGUUGAGAAUAAAUUUGUCAAAGCCUUCUGGAAAGAAGCAUUUGAGUGUGCAUUUCCAGAUUCUUUGGUUACGAAUACAUGUACUGGAAAGGAGAGGCUGGAAAAUCUUCCUGACACUGUUUUUGAAAUGCAUAUGACUGGCCACAGCUAUGGCAUCUACAAUGCAGUCUAUGCUGUUGCACAUGCUUUGCAUGCCAUGUACUCAUCUCAAUACAAUUACCAAUCAGUUUUUGGAUGCAAAAGUCCUGAAUUUCAUGAUCCCCAGCCUUGGCAGGUGCUCCCUGUUUCUAGAUGUAGUGACUCCUGUCAACCUGGUUAUCAGAAAAGAAAGAAAGAAGGGGAGCAGUUUUGCUGCUAUGAAUGGGCUCCUUGCCCAAAAGGGAAAAUUUCAAUCCAGAAGGGUAGGUGCUGUUCUACAUGUCCAGAAGAUCAGUAUCCAAGUCAUGAUCAAGAUCACUGUAUUCCCAAGAUGAUCAACUUUCUCUCCUAUAAAGAACCAAUGGGGAUCUGUUUGGCUUCAGUUGCUGUUUCUUUCUCCCUUAUUACAGUCUUGAUACUAAGAACUUUUAUUAAGCACAAAGAUACUCCCAUAGUCAAAGCCAACAACCAGGAUGUCACCUAUGUUCUCCACAUCACUCUCUUUCUUUGCUUCCUCUGUUCAUUCCUCUUCCUGGGAAGACCAAGCAAAUUGACUUGCUACCUCCGACAGUCUGCUUUUGGCAUCAUUUUCUCUGUGGCUGUUUCGUGUAUCUUGUCCAAAACCACCACUGUGGUUUUAGCUUUCAUGGCCAUCAAGCCAGGGUCCAGCAUGAGGAAGUGGGUGGGGAAAACUCUUACCAGUUCUCUUGUCUUUACCUGCUCCAUUAUCCAAGUGUGUAUUUGUGUGGUGUGGCUAGGAACCUCUCCCCCAUUCCCAGAUUUUGACACAAAGACAAUGACUGAAGAGAUAGUGGCAGAAUGCAAUGAAGGGUCUGUGGUUAUGUUUUAUAUUCUUCUAGGCUACAUGGGACUUCUGUCCUUUAUAAGCUUCACUGUGGCUUUCUUUGCCAGGAAGUUGCCUGACAGUUUUAAUAAAGCCAAGUUCAUCACCUUCAGCAUGCUGAUGUUUUGCAGUGUUUGGUUGUGUUUUGUUCCAUCAUACCUGAGCACCAAAGGAAAAUACAUGGUGGCAGUAGAGAUUUUCUCAAUCUUGGCCUCUGCUGCCGGGUUACUGUGUUGUAUCUUUUCCCCCAAAUGCUAUAUUAUACUUCUGAGGCCUGAUCUGAACAAAAGAGAACAAAUAAUAGCAAGAAAACAUUAA